AUGUUGAACGAGAAUGUGUUUGAUGAACCCGAUUGGGCCAAUGCAACCAAUGGUUACUCUCACGAUAGGUCUUCGGCGCCCAGUUUUGAUCCAUUCCACAACUAUGAACAAUCGUAUACUACUAGCACCUAUGAUCCACCCGCAUCGACAACGUCAGAGCCAGCUCUCACAAAUACAACAGUGAAGCCAAUGAACGUUCGGGUUGAAGAUCCACAAAAGCAAUCUGCGACGAUGGUGCAAGGAUAUAUAUCUUAUCUCGUCACAACAGAGACUAGUGUUGAAACGUUCAGCAGCCCACGUCCACGUUCAGUAAGACGCCGUUACCAAGACUUCGUUUGGCUGCACGAUGCUUUAGAACUCGAAUAUCCCGUCUGCAUUGUUCCUCCGCUGCCGGAGAAGCAUCGGCUAGCAUAUCUUAAUGGGGAUCGAUUCAGUCAAGAGUUCCUUGAAAAAAGGCGGUAUGGGUUACAGUGGUUUCUCAACCGCGUGGCCAGCCAUCCAGUUCUUCAGAAAGCCCAAUGCACUCGAAUAUUUCUUGAAUCUGAUGACUUUAAAAAUGAUAAGCGUGCUAUCCAUGCGAUCAAGACCAAUGACAAACCUACCUUUUUCGACACACUUGGUGAUGUUUUGAUGAACGCUUUUGCAGCAGUCAAGAAACCGGAUCAACGGUUUCUGGAUAUGCAAGAUUAUGUGGAUAAGCUUGAAGAUAAUAUUAUUACGAUCGAAAAACUCUACUCACGAAUUAGUCAGCGACAAACAAGCUUAAUACGGGACUACACAAACUUCGCCUGGAGUAUCAGAGAAAUAUCAGCUAUGGAAUCCAGUAUCGCCAUGCCAUUAAGACAGUUUGCUGAAACCACAGAAACGUAUGGAAAAUACAUGAAAGAAAUGAACUCAACAGAGGAGCUGCUGUUCAUGAAUGACCUGCAUGAGCUAUUAGCCUACUGUCAUUCUGUCAAGGAUAUACUUCAGAAACGCGAUGAAAGUCAAAUUGAUUUUGAAGAGUUAUCGACCUAUCUGCAACGAGCCAUAGAAGAACGGGAUAAGAUCGCCAAUAGUUCGCCUGCCAAACUUGCCGAGAUUGAACAAAAGAUUCAAGAGCUGCAAGAUGAGGUGACACGAACGAGCGACAUCACAACAGGAUUCUCGGAGCAAAUGACAGAAGAGUUUGAGACGUUUCAGACUACUAAAACUACUGAACUCAAGCAAGGUUUAACUGCAUAUGCUGACAGUCAUAUAUCCUUUUAUACCAAGAGCAUGAAAUUAUGGGAGAGUAUUCUUCCUGCGUUGGAGAAUAUCAAAUUGGAUGAUGAGGUAGAUCGUAGCAAUAAUGUUGAUGGUCGUGAUAAGGAUCCUGGUGACGACAGCGAGCAUCAACAACAUCACUACAACCAGCAUGACGAGCAUCACGAUGACAAUAACAACAACAACAACAACAACAACGCAUUUUAUCACCACUGA